AAUAAUUUUGUCCUACGUCAUGGUCGACAGCCUCGCCAUACAUAUUACCUACAUUAUCACACGAUACAGCCGUCUUUUUUCUGUGUAAAACAGUAGCGUCGCAUCGUCGCUUUUCGAUAACACGUCACGCAUCCUCGUUCGCCGUACCUGUCAGUCUCGCGCUUUUUUCCAUUUCCUAUUCCCUCCCCCCCCGCCGCGAUCUGUGGAUAGCUCGACCCCGGGGAUCAGCCGAGCCGAGUGGAGCGGAUGAUACGACGCGACGAGAAAAUUUACGCUUGGUGUAAUUAAGCUAUUGAAUCAUGGCGCGUACCAAGCAAACGGCCCGUAAGUCAACAGGAGGAAAGGCUCCCCGUAAACAGCUCGCGACGAAGGCGGCCAGGAAGAGUGCUCCAUCCACCGGUGGUGUAAAGAAGCCACAUCGUUAUAGGCCCGGUACCGUGGCUCUUCGAGAAAUUCGAAGAUAUCAAAAAUCGACUGAGCUGCUGAUCAGGAAGCUGCCGUUCCAGCGGCUGGUUCGUGAAAUCGCGCAGGAUUUCAAGACCGAUCUGCGUUUUCAGAGCGCCGCCAUCGGCGCUCUCCAGGAAGCGUCUGAGGCGUAUCUCGUUGGUCUCUUCGAGGACACUAAUUUGUGCGCGAUCCACGCAAAGCGCGUCACGAUCAUGCCUAAAGACAUCCAACUGGCCCGGCGAAUCCGUGGCGAGCGUGCUUAAGAGACGCUAUGUCACUCGCAUACAUACCGUUCAUUACGACCAUUAUUAUUAUUAUUAUUAUUAUUAUUAUUAUUAUUAUUAUUAUUAAUUAUUAUUAAUUAUCGUUCGCAAUCGUCAUGGAUGAAGCACUUUCAUUCCAAGCUCUAUUAUAUUGUUUUACUUUUGCAUAGAGAUACGCGCAGUAGUAUUAUCCCUUCAGUGAUCAUCCUCAAUUUCAAACCUUACCGAAAUUUAAUUUAACGCUGGCUGGUUAAUUUACUGAAAGGGUAAUGACCGUGUUUAAGUUAGCAAAGCAGAGCUAGGCAAAGCCUGUUCGCCAAGCGGACGUGAUUGGUAGAUUCAAUGAAUCACAUUCAUCUCGAUGAGCAGGCCGAAUGUUGUUUUGUUCGGCUUGAACACAGCCAAUGAUGAAUUAUUAUAUAUGUUUUGAGUGUUAAAAGCACUCUUGUUCAGUGCUUUUAACAUUCAAAAUAAAUAAUUAAUCACCACCUUUCGGUAUUAAAUUUCUGUAAGACACGAAUUUCGAUUGUCGACUUCGCAAUAUGCAAAUUAGAGAAUCACUUUUAUUUUCUCCUUUUUGCCUUUUCUUCGGAACACGAAGCACUUGACACAGCUUUUUGGUUUACGCUUACUGGGAUAUUCACGAAUUUAUGCAAUUUAAUUUACGCUCCGACAAUUUUGUUAAAUAAUUUUGGUUAGACACAAUUCAUUAGCGUUCCUUUUUCUCUCGCUAUUUACCGUCUUCUUUUAUCAUUAAUGUUACACAUAACAUUCAUUAUAUCAUUAAAUCAUUAUAUCAUUAUUAGUAUUUCAAGAAAAAAAAAGUGUGCAUUAGAUUAAGACAUCCUCAUAGCGACAUCCCGAUAUAGUGCUUAACGUAUUAGAUCUCUGAUUGUACUCGAAUUACAUUAAACCAUUUUGAUCACUUAAGCAUCGUGUAAAAAUUUGUGUAAAAAUAAACGCAUUUCGUAAAUAAAUCUAAAUCCGCACGACUUUUA